GCGCGGGAGCCCGGCCUCUUGCGGAGUGGCAACGGGAGACCGGAAGUCCCGCCCCGGAAGGAGUAGUGGGGAGACGGCGGAAGUGGAACGUGCCCCGCAGCCCUGGGCUGUGCUGUCUGCCUUGCCGGGCUUACCACCCCGUUUUCAAGCUGGCUUCUUCACGCCUCCUCCCGGUGUCCGCCACCCCUGUGACUGCGACGUCCUCCUCCUCCGAGUGCUGGGCGGCCAGCAGUCGCGUCCGGCUGUUGCAGGCGGUGGACACAGAGUACACCGCGGACUCGGUGGAGUGGUGCCCGCUGGAAGGCUGCAGGCACUUGCUAGUGUGCGGCACCUACCAGCUGCAGAAGCCGGACGACCAGCCUGCUGACCCGGUGAGCAAGAGUGGACUGGAUGUUGACGAGCCUCAGAUCCGUUUAGGUCGUCUCUACCUGUAUAGCUUCAAUGAGGACAGCUCUGCUUGCCCGCUGGUUGAGGUCCAGAGAAGAGAUACUGAUGCCAUCCUGGACAUGAAAUGGUGUCACAGUCAGGUGGCUGGCCACGCCCUCUUGGGCGUGGCAGAUGCUGGCGGGUCCAUAGAACUGCUCGCUUGGUGCAAUCCGAGAACACUUUCCUCCUCCAGCUGUUCUCCCGCUUUGCCCUGGAGAAGCAGUGUCUGGCCCUGUCCUUGGACUGGUCCACUGGGAAAGCUGGAAGGAGAGAAUGAAAGCCGCCUUGUGUGGCCUGGGAAUAUCGCUGCCAGUCCCCUUCUAGAAAGAAAGUGGGGAAGCCCUUGCUGUGGCGCAACAGGAUCCCCUGCGUCGUGGGAGCCGCUGGGACGCAGUGGGGCCAGUGACCAGCCCUUGAAAAUCAUCAGCAGCGACUCCAGCGGACGGCUGCACCUCUUGCAGGUGAGCGAGGCCGGGCCAGGACUGCAGCAUGUGGCCACGUGGCAGGCCCAUCACUUUGAGGCCUGGAUUGCUGCUUUCAAUUACUGGCAGACGGAGACCGUGUAUUCAGGUGGGGACGAUGGCCUUCUGAGAGGCUGGGACACCAGGCUGCCCAGCACCCCCGUGUUCACGAGCAGGAGACACUCCAUGGGCGUGUGCAGCAUCCGUAGCCCCCAUCGGGAGAACAUCCUGGCCACGGGGAGCUAUGACGAGCACGUUCUACUUUGGGACACUCGGAGCAUGAAGGAGCCGUUCACAGACGUGCCUGUGCAGGGCGGGGUGUGGAGGCUCAAGUGGCACCCUUUCCACCACCACCUGCUCCUGGCUGCGUGUAUGCACAGUGGCUUUAAGAUCCUCAACUGCCAAAAGGCAAUAGAGGAGAAGCGGGAGGCCUGUACAGUCUCUCUGUCCCACACCCUGCCCAACUCGCUGCUGUAUGGGGUCGACUGGGCCUGGCUCCACUUCCACCGUCUCCCACAGACCCCGCCGUCAUUCAGCAAAGGGUCCCUUCCCUGCAGGGACCCAGGAGCCAAAACAGCAGAUCCGGUCUGUACCCUGAAGGCUGAGGGCCAGCCGCCAGCACCCUCUUUGGAUCAUUUAGUGGCCAGUGACGGAGAGGGUGGCACCAAGCUCCAGAGUGGAGACGAGCUGAAGGCUCCUCUCCAGCUGCUCACAGCUGUGGCGAAGAACGGCGGCCGGCCGCUCCCCUCGCGGAUCGAGGCCUGUGGCUGUGACCACCCCCCGGAGGCAGCCGGCUCUGACAUCAGCCUGCUAGCCACUUGCUCCUUCUAUGAUCACUGUCUCCGCUUCUGGCAGUGGGAGAACAGUUGAGCUUGGGAGGAAGUUGCUUGGUUUGAGAUCAAAAGAUCAUUUCCACAAACAAAGCCAAGAGCACAGCCUCACCUCUCCUGAGAAUAAAGUGUCCCCAGACCAUCUCACUGA